AUGAAUCGACAUCAUCACGUACCGCUAGAAGAGAGUGAUUCAGAAGAUCACACUUCUUAUCCACUUCAGUCUACAGCUGAACUGCCGCAGUACUCAAGCCACCCAUUUAACGACUACGAGAGCCCAUUCCAAUACCCACGCUCUCCCCCUCAGCCAAAUCCUUAUGGAUAUGCGCCUGUCCAGGAAUCAACAAUUAUGAUGCCAGAAGCACAGAGAAUGCCGGAGCCGGAAGCUCAGGUUUUUACGAGCAAUGAAGCUACCCACGGUCCAAAUCCAAACCCUAUGCCACAAGGCAUUCAACUUUAUGAUGCACCAUACAGCAAUCCAAGCGAUCCAUUUGUGGACGAUCAUAUGAUGCCAAGCCACCAUUUACAUCCUGAACAAGAAGGUAUGGGUUUGCUUAGACCUAACACAGCUUUAUCUGGUUCUACUCAAGCACCUAGUGGUACAAGUCAAUCAGUCAGCGGUGAUGAUGAUAUUGACCAGGAUACCGCUAUUAGGUAUGGUGGAAUACCCCAACGCGUUCCAAGAAGAUACAAGACUACGAAGCGUGUCGAACUUCAAAACGGUAACCUCGUCCUUGAUUGUCCAGUUCCUACGCGACUGUUGGACAUGUGUCAUAACAGAGAAGGCGACGAGUUUACCCAUAUGAGAUAUACAGCAGCUACUUGCGAUCCAAGCAACUUUGACGCUGAGCGUUACACUCUUAGACAACAGCUUUACAAUCCACCAAGACGCACUGAAAUUAUGAUCUGUUUGACAAUGUACAACGAAGAUGAGUUCUUGUUCACGAGAACCAUGCACGCUGUCGUCACCAACAUCGUUCAUUUGUGCUCCCGUGGAAGGUCCAAGACAUGGGGUGAUGAAGGAUGGAAAAAGGUUGUUGUUUGCAUUAUCUCAGAUGGUAGACAAAAAAUCCACUCAAGAACAUUAGCUACUAUUGCAGCUUUGGGUGCUUACCAGGACGGUGUUGCAAAGAACGUCGUCCAAGGUCGACCAGUCACAGCGCACAUCUACGAGUACACUUCUCAAAUUGAUAUAAAACCUGACAUGAAGUUCAACGAAAAGUCAAAACGCAAAGUACCAAUACAGAUCUUAUUCUGUCUUAAGGAAAAGAAUCAAAAGAAGAUCAACUCACAUAGGUGGUUCUUCUCAGCUUUCUGUGAAGCAUUACAGCCAAACGUCUGUAUGUUGUUAGAUGUUGGUACUUCUCCAGGACCAAGAUCUAUCUACCAUUUGUGGAAAUCUUUCGAUUUGAAUUCAAACACUGGUGGUGCAUGUGGUGAAAUUGUCACUUUCAAGGGCAAAUUCAUGUCAGCAUUGCUUAACCCAUUAGUCGCAGCCCAAAACUUCGAAUACAAGAUGUCGAAUAUCCUCGAUAAACCGCUGGAAUCGGUAUUCGGUUAUAUCUCAGUUUUACCUGGUGCCUUCUCUGCUUACAGAUGGGUCGCCUUACAAAAUGAUAUCAAUGGACAAGGUCCACUUGAGAAAUAUUUCCUUGGUGAAAAGUUACAUGGUGGAGAUGCAGGUAUAUUCACCGCAAACAUGUACUUGGCAGAAGAUAGAAUUUUAUGUUGGGAGCUCGUUUCUAAGAGAAACAUGCAAUGGACAUUACAUUACGUAAAAUCCGCAAAAGCUUUCACAGAUGUUCCAGACAGAAUACCAGAACUUAUUAGUCAACGUAGACGUUGGUUGAAUGGUUCAUUCUUCGCUGCUAUUCACUCAGUUACUCACUUUUACAACAUUUAUCGCUCAAGCCAUACUAUUCUUAGAAAGAUAUGGUUGCAUAUUGAAAUGAUUUAUCAGUUUAUUAAUUUGGUUUUCAGUUGGUUCGCGAUUGGUAAUUACUUCAUUGUAUUCCGUGUUUUGUCGGAUUCAAUGGAACAAGCUGAAUCUAAACUUAAGGCUUUGAAUGUCAUCCUGGAAUUUUUAUAUAUCGCUCUACUUGCUUUGUCAUUCUUGCAAGCUAUGGGUAAUAGACCUCAAGGUAAUAGUAGUAAAUGGGGUUAUCUUGCAGCGUUUAUUGGAUUUGCAAUUAUUACUUCUUAUAUGAUUGCUGCUGCUAUUUAUUUGGCUGUCACAGGUAUUCAAAACGUUAUCCAAUCACAUAAUGGUAGCAUUUCAGCAAGUGAUCUAUUUGGUGAUCAAGUCUUUAUCACCAUUGUCAUUUCUAUUUCAGCUACAUAUGGAUUAUACCUCGUUGCUUCACUUUUAUUCUUUGAACCAUGGCAUAUGCUUACCAGUUUCUUCCAAUACCUUAUGAUUGCUCCUAGUUAUAUCAAUGUUUUGAACGUCUACGCAUUCUGUAAUACUCAUGAUAUCUCCUGGGGAACUAAGGGUGAUACCAAGGUAGCAACAGAUCUUGGUGUUGCCGGUGAUAAGAAACAAAAAGACAGUAACGAGAUUGAUGUUGCACUACCAACUGACCAUUCUGAUAUUAACGCCGCUUAUGAAGAUGCGUUACAUACAAUGGCCAACCCACCACCUCCUCACAAAGAGAAGGAAGAUCCAGCCACGAAGCAAGCUGACUACUAUGCCGCAUUCCGUACUAACACUGUCUUGGUAUGGGUUUUGUCGAACGCUCUUCUUGGUGCUGCCAUUCUCGCAUCAACUAGCGCAUUUGAAGUAGAUGAUGAUGACAAGACAAAUAGGACCAAUGUCUACAUUGCUGUCAUCCUUUACUUUGUAGCAGGUCUAUCAGCUAUUCGUUUCAUUGGGAGUUGCUCAUAUUUGAUAUUGAGAUUGUUUAAUCGUGAAUAA